UCAACCCAACAUUACCAUAUUAUCUUUACAAUAGGGUAGGCUGCAUAGAUUUUAUCUAUUAAGUAUAUUCAUAGACAGUCAUCUGAUCUCCUUUGAUUACUCAAGUUGUUUUAUAAUUGAAAAAGUUAUUUAAUUAACUGAUAAUGGUGAAGAAACUAAGCAUAUUUUGCAAAAAGAAAGAGGGCCGCGAGGAUGAGCCCACCAACGCGACGGACGCGGCCGCGUCUUUGCCGACGAUGCCGGGUGGGCGCAUCGAGCACAUCUGCUGCUGCAUCGGCGUGUUGGUGGGCGUCUUGCUUAUCGCCACCCUCAUUGCUGUGAUACUAAUGAAAGACAGCACUGUUGAUAUCACAGCACUGCGUCAAGUUCAUGUGUUGAUGUCACAUGGGGAGCGCACUCCGAACGAGCAAGAGUUGGCGAUGCUUGGGGCUCCACCGCCUGAUCACGUAUUCGCUCCUUACGGCGCCGGCGCCAUGACUAAUGAGGGAAAAAUGCUGACCUUCGAAAUGGGCGCAUUACUUAGGAAAAGAUACGACCAAUUCUUGGGUCCUUAUUACGAAGCUGAUAACAGCAUCGUAAUAGCUUCAGACACGGACUUGAGCAAGAUGACAGCCCUUCUAAUAUCAGCUGGGUUAUGGCCACCCCUAGAACCACAAAUUUGGAACGAGACCAUAAUUUGGCAACCCGUGCCGUACACGUAUCCACAUCCAAGUACCGACUUUUUAUUAUACCACGAGAACUGUCCCCGAUACAACCAAGAGAAGCAGAGGAUUCUAAAGGCUUUCAUAAACGAAGGAUUCCUCACGCCAUACCGGGACCUAUUCCAAAAGAUAGCGCAUAUGACGUCUACCAAUUUCAGCACACCGCAAGAAGCUUAUCAUUUGAAUAAUUUAUUCAUUAUACAGGAUGAUAUAAAAGUGGCGAACCCAAAGUGGUCGAAGUACGUCAAAAGAAGGCUGUUGGAUAUUGCUAGAUUGGAAUAUUCCAUGAUGUUCCACAAUAAUCUGCUACGAAAAUUGAGUGGUGGAGCUCUUCUACAGCAGAUAAUAAAGGAAGCAGUAUCCAUCACGACGGGUGCUCCAACACCGCGUGUGAUCGUUCGGACGGGCACCCCCGUGACUGUGGCGGCGUUACUUGCAGCCUGCGUGGCGCCCCCACCACGUUUACCAGACCCCGGGGCCGCUUUGCUGUUUGAAUUGCACGAAAGAAUGCCUACUGCGCAAGGGAAUAAGGAACAAAACGCCUUGACGGAUGGACAGAGAUUCGGAUUUAAGAUAUACUACUGGGACGAUGAUUCGGCAGAGCCUCGCUUGAUGGAGGUUCCCGGUUGCAACGCGCUAUGUCCUUUGGAAAUCUUCACAGAACUAACUAAACAUAUCGUCACGGAAAAUUACAAGGGAGAUUGCGCACCAGUCCCUACGUAGCUAAUGUUGAAACAGUUGUGUUUGUAAGAUUACGGUUUUGUGAAAAUAAAGUGACACGGGGGAGAAAUUGCAAAAGACAAAUUCUUAGUAGUAGUAACUUUGUAAUCUUUAAACAACUUAAUGAUUCUGAAUUGUGUAUAUUUUCAUCAAUGCACGGCCAUUAUAAGUACGCACCGAUCGUAGUUUUUAUUUUUUUUUAUUAAUAUGAAAACGAAAGAACUCAGGCUGUGCUUAUAAAGGAUUUUAUGAGGAUUUUAUGGUGAAAGAAAUAUAGUUUAAUUCUAUUUAA